AUGAGGCGCUGCCCGUGCCGGGGGAGCCAGGGCGAGGCGGAUGCCGGGUUGCUGCACCGAGCGGCCCGCACGAGCCUGGGACUGGAGGCGCCGCGAGUCGGGCGGUGGUGGCAGCCGAGACAGCAGCGACCAGGGCCCGGCGCUGGGGGCCUGGCAGGACGGCCGGAGGGGGGCGGACCCCGAGCCCGGACCGAGGAGUCUAGCCUCCACACCGAGCCCGAGAAGGCCGGCGUCGGGCCUGAGCCGGAGUCAGGCGGUCAUCGGACAGAAUCCUGGACGGACGGACAGGCUGAACUGCAGGCAACUGGCCUCGGAGUUGGGACUGAGAGUCCCAGCCAAAAGACCGAACCAGAUAGGUUCAGGCUCCUUUCACAUCCAGAAGGAAGCAGCCACUGGUCAGAGCUGGAGAGGGCCGGGGGUUGGACGCAGAUUGGGAGAGAUGGCUUUUGGACUGACCCACACAGGUCUGACUUCCAAUCUCAGACAGAGCGGGGCAGUCUCCGGACACAACCAGGGGUUGAUGGCCCCUGGGCAGAGCUAGAAACAGAUGGGCAGCAGAUUCGGCCAAAGAGGGGCAGGCCCUGGGCUGAUGGCCUCUGGAUCCACCAGAACAGCUCCAGUGCCUUGACUCAGCUAGGGGGGGCCUGCCCCUCAACAGAGCAAAGUGCUGAUGGCUCCUGCAAAGGACUGUACACUGAUGGCUCCAGGACACAACAGGAUACCGAAGGCCCCUGGACAGAGCCGCACACUGUUGGAUCCCAGACGCGCUGGGAUGCUGAAACAGGCUGGAAACAGCCUGGCCCUGAUGGUUUCCCAAUACAACAAGAUACCGACGGCUUCUGGACACAGCCUGGCACUGAUGGACCCUGGACAGAGCCUGGGAAAGACUGUCUUUCGGAAGAGCCCAAGCAGGAUGGCCCAUUAGAGGAACUAGGACCUGGAGAGUUGGUGACUCACCUGAACCCUCACCUGAGGUGUAGACCCCUGUGCUCUGUGCCCCGCCUCAUCAUCACCCCUGAGACCCCUGAGCCUGAGGCCCAGCCCGUGGGACCCCCCUCGCAAUUUGAGGCAGGCAGUGGCGGCUUCUCCUCUGCCUCCUCUUUUGAUGAGUCUGAAGAUGACGUGGUGGCCGGGGGUGGAGGUGCCAGCGACCCCGUGGACAGGUCUGGGAACAAGCCAUGGAAGAGGCUGAAGACAGUUCUGAAGUAUUCACCCUUCAUGGUCUCCUUCCGUAAACACUACCCAUGGGUCCAGCUGUCCGGACAUGCUGGAAACUUCCAAGCAGGAGAGGAUGGUCGGAUUCUAAAACGUUUCUGUCAGUGUGAGCAGCGAAGCCUGGAGCAGCUGAUGAGUGACCCCCUGCGGCCUUUUGUGCCAGCCUACUAUGGUAUUGUGGAGCAAGAUGGCCAGACUUUCAACCAGAUGGAAGAUCUCCUGGCAGAAUUUGAGGGCCCCUCCAUCAUGGAUUGCAAGAUGGGCAGCAGGACCUACCUGGAGGAGGAGCUGGUGAAAGCACGAGAACGGCCCCGGCCCCGGAAGGACAUGUAUGAGAAGAUGGUGGCUGUGGACCCCGGGGCCCCCACCCCCGAGGAGCACGCCCAGGGUGCAGUGACCAAGCCCCGCUACAUGCAGUGGAGGGAGACCAUGAGCUCCACUUCUACCCUGGGCUUCCGGAUCGAGGGCAUUAAGAAAGCUGAUGGGACCUGCAACACCAACUUCAAGAAGACACAGGAGCUGGAACAGGUGACAAAGGUGCUGGAGGACUUUGUGGACAGAGACCGCAGAAUCCUGAAAAAGUACGUGGCCCGCCUAGAAGAACUUCGUGAAGCUCUGGAGAAGUCCCCCUUCUUCAAGACCCAUGAGGUGGUGGGCAGCUCCCUCCUCUUUGUGCACGACCACACUGGCCUGGCCAAGGUCUGGAUGAUCGACUUUGGCAAGACGGUGGCCCUCCCUGACCACCAGACGCUCAGCCACCGGCUGCCCUGGGCCGAGGGCAACCACGAGGACGGCUACCUCUGGGGCCUGGACAACAUGAUCCGCCUCCUUCAGGGGCUGGCGCAGAGCUGACACACCCGCCCACAGCCGGAUUUAUUUAUUGAAUGGUGCCAGUCUGGCUAGAGGAACCCCAAAAUGCCGUGGAGGGCUGAGGUGGGCAAUUGGGGAGCUGAUCCUGGGGACGGGAGAGGUUGUGUUGCACACCACUCAAGACCACUGUGGAGGCUGAAGGGCUUCGGAGAUGAGGUGCCCAGGCAGCACCAGCCCUUCUGUCAUACGGGGUUGGAAAGAUCCGAGCAGGGAGCAUGACAUGGCCGAGUCUCACAAUCAAUCAGCAGAAGCAGAACUGGGUCUCCUGACUAGCCAGGGAGGUUCUGAGGGGCUGCCCUCAGAGAACACAGUUCAGAUGUCAUGGGGUGCAAGUUUGACACCGGGCCUGACUGCAGCGUGAAUGAUGUAAGCGGCUCCCUGAGGUCGGCAACUGGGCUUGGGUUCCUCUUUGGUUCCCCAGAAGACCAGGCGUCAUAUGUGAACACACGCAGAAGCUGCAUGUCUGCCUGAGGAGAAACGGUUACGCCCAAUCUCCUCACCUGGGGGCUGCUGGCGUGCUGAGUGACGGGCUCUGAGGAAGGUGGGAUGUUGCCCACAGGCCCAUGCAUGCUGCCAGUGAGGGGGACACAGUCCACCACCACUCCUCCCCUUGUGUGACCCCAGUGGGUCCUCCCUGCUGACCUCCUGCAGACCAA